UGAAACUGGCCGUGUACACUCAGUGUAUUCGGAGCCGACGUACUGAGGCGGACAUUCACAAUGAAGUCUUUAUUUUUCCUAAUAUUCGUUAUCGCGUCAUGUUCUUGUGCAGUGGAGUUCAGUUCGCGUGCGAGGAAUUUUAGUAUAGAACUCCUUCAUUACACGCAAAAGGAGAAGGAGGGCCAUGUCGUUAUAUCGCCGUUCGGAAUAUGGAGCCUCAUGACUGGAAUAGCGUUGGGUGCAGGCGGCAACAGUAGAUCGCAGCUGUCCAGAGCGUUUUUCCUGCCGAGCAACCAGUUCACCAUCAUCAACGGGUAUCAAAACCUCACGAGGACGGUCCUGGAUCCGACCACCAAAGGUGUGACACUAACAAGUAAAAACUUCAUGUUUGUCGACCGGAGUUUCACAAUCAAUCCCAAUUUUGAAAAAAUCAUGCUCUCCGACUUUAGUGCUAUGAUAAGAAAUCUCAACUUCAAGGAGCCCGACACUGCGGCGAAGAUAGCCAACAAUCUAAUUCAAGGAUCCGGCGCCAGCGUCUCCAACGUGUUGAGGUCCGACGACUUUGAGCAAUCACGAAUGAUACUCACCAACGUCAUAACCUUCAAAGGUCUGUGGGGUUCGCCGUUCAACGUAUCGGAGACGAACGUCGAAUCUUUCUACGAUGAGAACAAAAGGAAAAUGGGGGAGGUGAACAUGAUGUACCAAAGAGCUCAGCUGCCGUUCUCCAAUAUACAGGCGUUGUCGUCUCUCAUCUUAGAACUGCCUUACGGACAAGACAGAAAAUACUGCAUGUUGAUCCUGCUCCCGUAUCCUAAGGUCAAGGUGGAGCAAGUCUACGCGAACCUCCAAAAGGUGUCGUUCGGUGAGAUAUUCGACAAGCUCCAGAAGGAUAUCAACGAUUUUGGUCUGGAAGACGUGGACGUGAAGCUGCCCCGAUUCAAGAUAUCGACGAACAUCGUUCUAAACAAGCCGCUAAACAGUAUGGGCGUAUACGACAUUUUCGAUCCGAAUCUAGCGAACUUCAAAGAUAUCACCAACGAAGACAUUUUCGUUUCCGCGAUCGUCCACAAGGCAGACAUAGAGGUCACGGAGUCGGGGACUGUGGCGUCGGCGGUGACGUCAGCGUAUUUCGCCGACCGCAUCUCCACGCCUAACUUCGAAGCGAAUCGCCCGUUCAUUUACUUUGUUAUGGAAAAACCGACGAGGACCGUCAUAUUCGGAGGGAUUUACUCGACGCCCUCGGUGUUUUGAUUUUCUGUAAAGUGUUAAGGCAUCGUUCAAUUUCACCAACUCUUAGUAAAUGCCCAAGUUAAACUACUAUAGUGCAAAGUAUAAGUACUAUAGUUCAAAUUAUACUAUGAAGGCUUUGUGGUGGAAAUGAUGGUGCUAUCGAAUUGUGCAGUUUGACUGAAUCAUGACAAAAGUUUUAUAAGCGACCGAGUUAGCCUUGUCCUAAGAUUUAAAAGUAGAAAAAUGUUUGUUUCUGUGGUAGGUACAGCAUAAUGACUGCAGCUAUUAAUACUCAUUGGUUAUCACUGUGAUACAAGUACUUGUAUUGUGCUAAUGAGACUGUUCUUUAAUUAUUUUGGAGCCAUUUGGUUAGAUAAAUUGAUGUAAUUAUGUGAUCAUUCACUUAAUAAUUGGUCUAAUGCUAAUGUUGUCAGGUACAAUAUAUUUGAGCUAGAUAUUAUAGUCUUGCAGUUUGUGUCCUCAAAUUUUUCUGAUCAGUUUUUCGUAAGAUAAGAAAACAAUAUGCUUUUAAAUUGCUAGCGAGUUCCUUCUCUGUUAUUUAGUUAAGACUCUCUUCUGUUAUUCUAAUUAUAUUUAUUAAAUAUUUUUUGUACAUAUUUUUAAUU